AAACAAAACUCCCGCAAUCGCGAUCGCGAAGGAAGCACACAGCUGAGCCCAGCUGAGACGAGAUUGUUGAGUCCAUCUGUUUUUUUUUGUCUCAGCAGGACUCGAGUGCAAAACAUCUGGUUGGAACAUGGCGCUGGUUUGUUCGUGCUAAGAAUGUACGUGAGGCACAUGACGGGCUCGCGAUAUAAAUGAUUUCAUUGUUUUCACAUGACGAAUACCACAGUAUUACGUGCCGGAACACGCUAAUCUUAAAAUAUGAGUGAAGAAUCAAAACACGAAGCUACCGAUGCACCACCGACCUUGAAUGCGUUAUCGCCUUGCUUGAAGAAGAAAACAGAGAAAGCAGAGAAUAAACAAUCACGGGGAGUUUCGUUUCCAUCAGAUGACGAAUUGGUGACAGGCUACUUGGAACCAGCAAAUCCCUGGGAGUAUUCGGAGAACGUGAGUCGCGAUGACCUCGUCUCCAUGUACAAGGCUUCGUGCGAGAAGCACGGGGCACAGGCUCUGCCACAGCUGCUCAAGCAACUGGAGGGCCUGGACGUGGACGCGGUGCGCUGCGAGCUGCUCAGCCUGAAGGGGGAGCCCUUGUCGCCGCUGCACUGCGAGUGCUUGGAGGAGGUCCUCAAGAGGGUGCAGUUCAAGGUCGUAGACCUGGACGGCACCGCUCUCGACGACGAGGCUGCAGCAUCCAUCUUCGACAUGAUAGAGUAUUACGAGGCAGCUAGUCACAUCAACAUUUCCAAUAACCACAACAUUGCUGGCAUGGGAUGGAAAGCGUGCGCCAAUAUGAUAAAAAAAAUGCGGUGUCUGUCGGAGCUGGAGGCCCGGGGCGUGCUCUUCACGGAGCAGUACAUGCCCGUCCUCAGCCGCUCGCUGCGCCUCAGCUCCAACCUUGAGGUGCUGCGGCUGGACAACUGCAACCUGUCGGGCCGCCUGCUCAUCAUCCUGGCUGCCGCGCUGAAGCUGAACACGGGCCUGCGCGAGCUGUACCUGGCGGACAACAACCUGAGUGUGUCCGACGCCAUGCAGCUGGGGGCUCUGCUUCGCUCCAACAACACGCUGCAGCUGCUCGACAUAAGCAACAACUGCGUGCAGGACGCGGGCGUGGGCCACAUCCUGGACGGCCUGACGGAGCAGGCGGGCGGCGGCCUGGGCGUGCUGGUGCUCUGGAACAACCACCUCACCCGCAACUCCUCCACGCACUUCGCCCGCGCCGUGGCGCGCAGCGAGAGCCUGGAGGUGCUGAACAUGGGGCAGAACAUGCUGACCAACGAGUGCCUGCACGUGAUGAAGGACGCCCUCCAGAAGAACCGUCGCCUGCUGCGGCUGGGCAUGCAGGCGACACACCUCUCCUGCGAGGGCGCCGUCGCGCUGGCCGAGUGCAUAGCCGACAACCCCGUCAUACAGAGGAUAGACCUGAGAGAAAACAACAUUAAAGUGGCGGGACUAUUUGCUCUAUGCCAUUCCAUGAAGGUCAACAAUAGUGUCACGCAGCUUGACCUUGAUGACGCUCCCAAGAAAAAACUGGAAACUGCUGCAGUUCUGGAGCAGUAUCGUGCGCUAGUGGAGGAAAUACGACAGUACUCGAAGCGCAACGAGGAGCUGAUGCGUGAGGAGGAGGACACGAUAGACGAGUGCGAUGCACUGGAGAGGCGGGGCCGUCUGUCCAGCACCUUCACUCGCAAGAUCUCCCUGACCUGCGAGACGCUGCUGCGACAGCUGGAGCAGCCGAGCUCCGGCUACCUCACGCCCGGCGGGCCCCGUCGUUCCGGGGGCCGCCUGCGCAGUCCCGAGCCCAGCCCCAGCCCCAGCCCCGUCCCCAGCCCCGUGCCUCCCUCGUCCCCCCGCAGCCGCUUCCACGUCUCCCGCGUCGUCGACGCCUCGUCUCCCGCGGUGCAGCCGUCGCUCUCCUCGUCGCCCACCCGCUUCUUCCCCACCUCCUCCGUGUCUCGCUUCCGGGUCACCGUCGUCGACCCUCCCCCCGUCAUGCAGCGCGUGGCCCCGGAGAUAUCCAUCCAGACGGACAGCACUCCGAGCCCGGAGCAAGCGAAGCCCGUGUUCCUCGCGCCUCAGGAUCUCGCCGUCGAAACAGCGUCUCAGGAGCAGGUUUCCGACAGCUCGAACGAUGUGUGCGUGACGGUGUUACGGGACAAAGCCACAAACAAAGUGGUGGUGAGUGACCGGGUGAGCCUCGUGUCUCAGGACAGUACGGAAGACACGGCAGACUUGGAGGUGCGGCAGAUCCUGAGUAAUGCCGCCUCGGACGUGUGCGGUAAGAACAAGGCUUCGGCUGCCGGCGGAUCUCAGUCCGACCCGGGCUGGCUUCUCGACGACCAGCCCUGUGAAGGCGACCCGUGUGCUUCUGCUACUCCGAAUGGUUCCGCUUUCCACCACGAGAGUACCGACCAGGCUUGCCGGUCCAGCUCGACUCUUCCACCUCACCGAUGCCAGUCGCAGAAUGCGAAGAAGCUUUCGUGGAUUAUGUCUGAGCCACAAGGUGGACAAGAACCAAAAAUCUCCUCCAACAUUGAAAAGUUAUUGUCUCUUUUUCGGCCUAAUUUUUUUGGGAAAUCGGCCACUAGCAGAGAAACCACUGCACCUGUUCAAAAUAUGGAUAUUGUGGACAGUUCUUCCAGCGUGAAAUCAGAAGUUUCGUCACCUUCCGAAACGGGUGCGAGCUCUGCAGAAAAAAUUUCUUUUUCGCAUACUGGGAUGAACCAGGUAGUAUCUAUUACAUCUAGUCAUGCGGGCUCACUCGAAGAUUCAGAUAGCUCGGAAAGUAAGAUAGUUACGGAUGCGAAGGAAGUUCGUGGUUCCUGCCUCGGUAUUCUGUCACCAGACUCCUUAAACAAUAACAGUGAUAAGCGUGACUUAUCGCUGGUCAGUCGUAGCUUUGAAUCUGAAGAUGAAAACUUCAACAUAACAAAAGACUCUGCCGCCGUAGUUCUGGCGAAGCAGAGUGAACUCUGUGAUGUGCGCGGAGAGGAGGACCGUGAUGCGGGCAGCGGCAUUGUUCGUGACUCCAGCGGUUCUGCGUUGAGCACUUCGCAGCCUCUGCCUCGAAGCGACGGGGCUCAGGCAGGGCAGGAACUAGACGGGGGUGGUAGUGCCGGCUCGCUCCCCAGAACCUCAGACACGUGUCCGGCCGCGCCGUGCGGUAACCGGAUGGACGUGGACGUGCUGACCAACAUGUUUGCUUGCUGGAAAGUGGCGGACGAAGCAGCCGCCAGCAGCACUAACCUGGUCAUCCGCAGCGGAGUAGCCAAGUCCUCCACGCCCGUUGUUGUCCAGAUGUUGGCCGACAAUGAAAGCGAAAGCAGCUCUUUGAUGGUUCUGCAAAAGGAGCCGACCCAACGUAGAGUAGACCUCGUCUCUCCCACAAUCCCGUCUCUGAGAGAGACCACGUCACCGGUCUUUUCCCCCAGCGAUUCGACUUUUCUCACGUCAUAGGCCUGUCGACUGUAUCGGUUCCCGCAGCUCCGAUGCCUGGUUUUUCACUGCUCCAAGGAGACGUGUGUGACAUUCUCCGGGGCCGGACUGGAACAAGCAAAGAAAUAUGUCCAGCAAGUAGCACUUGCAGAUUGGCUCCCAGCGUAGAUGAUCUUUUAUUGUUACAAGAAAUGUCCUCUUUUUUUUUUUAAAUAUAAAUUUUUUUACGUUUUACAUUAUAGAUACAAGGGCAUGUAAUACUUUUUUACCAGUGUUGCAUGUUGGAAUGAAAGUUGCAUUGUGAUUACGUACCUGACAAAAUGUUAAAAUAUGCAAUUUCUUUUAAGUCACUAAGAAUUUAUUUGUAGUACAAACGGAAAUUUAUGUUGAAUGAAAACAGACAUUGUUGUCUUGCACAUUAUGCUGGCCGUGGGAUUCCAUUUAUUUUAUACUUGUUUAAGAAUUUAUUUAUUUUAUUGAACAGGUGAGUCACUAGCCUUUUAUUUUAUAGUUUCUUGCACCCUGCAACAUUAUUUAUUUUCAGUGAAGGGACUUGCACAUGGUCCUGAAGAAGUUAUUUUCAGCUUUGGUCGCAUAGCAUACCAAUUCAUGAAAACAACAAGAUUCUGACUUAGCCAGUACAUACCUCCUGUUUGAGACAGUAAUUUUAGUCAAAAAUAAUAUUUGUGGCGAUUUAUUAUUUAUAUUAUUUUCAGCUAUGUAUUUUCAACAUAUUUUCGUUUUAGUGCUAUGUGUUUUGAGUAGAGCGGGGCGAGAUCCCUAUUUUUCGGAAACAAACAGGACUGUAUUUUCCCCAAAAAAACUUGAGCGGGAAUUUGUUUUUUUUAUGUCCCAGUUUCAUUGCAAGAAUACACAUGUCAAUAUACCAAAAAAAAUUUCAGAUUAUUUUCAAAGAAAACACUUGUGGAUGUGAUAUGAAAGGAUGAUUUUCAGCAGUUGAAGCUCAAAAUUAUUAAUGGAGACAUAAAAGAAAUGGUUGUGAGGCCACCACAUACGUAAGAAAUGAGACUUCAUAGAUAAAGGGUUAGGAAUUUUGUAAGGUACACAAAUAUUUGGAUUAAAUGGUUGAUUUUAGCAUAAAUCAAACAAGGCAAUUUGGUUACUCUAUGAUUAAACUUGACAAAUGACUAUUAAAUGUUUUAUACUAUCUACCGAAGUCAAAAUAUUUUCAGAAAAAAAAAAAAGCUUUUAAAUGACCUGAAAAAUCUGGUUUGUAAAUUUAAUAGUUCACACACAUCUUCUAAUAGUACUUUACACAAUAUUGCACCCAUUAUCAGCUGCACUCAAUUCAUCUGUUCAUAUCCAGGUGUGUACUAAUAUAUAUAAACUUAUUUACAACACUUGUGUACUAACUAUUUUUUCUUAAGGAAAAUGCUUGAGUGAUGAUGCAGUUGCUUUCUUAUCAGGUUAUAUUUGACAAUAAAAUGUGUGAACACUGAUUUCUAAUGAUGGUGCUAUCCACAUUUUUAGUUUUCACAAAAUAUUCUAAAUUUUCUUUUUUAUAUAUAUAUUACUGUUGUCCUUUUUGUAGUUUUGCCAUGAUUUUUCAUGAAUUUUUUUUUUUUUCCCAUGUGCAAUGUUUAUGGGCGUGCCUCCCAUUUCAGGUCCUGAUUUUAUUUUUAUAUUAAUCACUGAUCAACUUUUAUGCUUUUUCAAUUGUUUAACUUACACGAAAUGAAAAAUAUAUACAGCGCAUAUUUUUUGCAUAAUUAGCUGCCAAAGUUACAUUUUUAACGUUUUUGGGUUGUACAAAAAGGAGAAUUUAAUUUAAUGCAGAACUGAAACUUUUUAGCUUUAACUGCAGUGCCACUGGCUACUUCAUGAUAUGGUUUGCAUUUCUAUCACAUAAACUCAUUUCAUGUUUCUUGGCUGUCAAAAUCUUAACAAAUUUGAGAAUUUUGAAAUGCCAGGUAAAAUUAAUUAAUAUUUUCUGGAAGAAAUUCAAACCAUUUCUUGAAGUAGCCAGUGGCACUGCAGUUAAACCUAAAAAGUUUCAAUUUUUUUAAUAAAUUAAAUUCUUCUUAUUUGUACAACCCAAAACUGUUAAAAAUGUAACUUUGGAAGCUAAUUAUGCAAAAAGUAUGCACUGUAUAUAUUUUUCAUUUCAUGAAAGUUAAACAAUUGAAAAAGUCUACAAGUUUAUCUGUAAUUACUGUAAAUAUAAAAUCUUGACCUGAAAUGGGAGGCACGCCCUUAUAUCACAACGACAAAUCGUAAGAAAGCAUACUUACCUCUGAAUGAAAGUACCGCUUGGUUUUCCCGCUCAUAUAGUAAACAUUAAUAUUUUUGUACUGAUGCCACGAAUGUAAUUACAACACACGGAUCUCUAAAUAAUUAUUCACCUAGCUUUGAGCAUUAAGUUUUAUGCAAGCUAAAUAAAACAGUGAAUUAUAUAACUUAAAAAUUUUUUACCCAAACAACAGCACUGCAUUUUGCACACUAAUUCACUCAGACUUCAGACAAACACAGAUGCCCAACAGUCUGAGCCCAAAAGAUAAACAAAACAAUGAAACUACACAAUGAUUGUCUUAUAGCAGCCAAUAAUUUAGAAACAGAUGACACAAUAUAAUUUUUUUUUGUUUGACCGUGAUAUCACAUCACAGAUACAAACUGUUCCAAAUUUAUUUUAAUUAUGUAAAAAUGUUUGAAAACAGGUAAAAUAACAGAUAUGGCCACACAAUCAUACAGUAUGCCAUUUUCUAUAUAUUUGCGGAUAAAUUGUAUAAGUUGGCAACUAUGUACAGGUGUGUGAGUAUACAACAUACAAGUGAGCGGAAGCAUCAGAGUGCAGAAGAAGUGAGUGCAUGAGUAUGUGAGUGCACAAGAAUGCCAUCAUGCAAGUGUGCAAUAGUAAAAAUAUGCUUUAAAGUGCUGCUGCUGCUAUCUGUGUAUUAAACAAGUAUAUAAAACCCUCUUAACAAAAUCCCACAAAAGAAAAUUUCUUGCAUAAGUUAAAAAAAUUUAGCAAUUGACCAAUUAAUUCAUCCAAUUUUUCCCUUCUAAUAAGUUUUCUCUCUUAAUAAGUCUACAUUUCUAAGUGUCUUUAGAAUCUCCUUAACAUGUAUUUACUGUAAUUUGAUAGCUACAUUAUGAUACAUAAAUUUGCCUUCAAUGAAAUACACAACAGAGGUUCGCAAUUGGAACAAACAUGAGGACAAAAACCUACAAAGAGCCUUAUGGUUGUCUGACUGUAUUUGAUCUCUUAUUCCCCUCCCACUCUUUCUCCCAAAUACCCUAUUCCUGAGUGUUGCACUUUUUGUUUAACAUUGCUCUGAUCUCGACGUACCCUACCAACCGUAGAAGUUUACUUAAAAUAUACAUACACAAGCAUGAUCGAAAACAAGUACUUUAUUCAGCAUUUUAAACAUACCAUAAAUAAUUAAAGUUAUUUCACGACUGUCAUGAAACUAUAUUGGAAUGAAUUUUGUCCACCAUUGCACAUGCAAAAACUUUUUGAGGUUGUAAAUGUUAAAAGUAUUUUUUUUGAUUCGAAGUGAGAUCUGUAAAAUAAAAUUGUCUAUGACCAUGGACUACAACAAAUUAUGGAACUGUUAGCUAUGGACCUUUCACGAUCAAUCUGCCACCUUGUUUACACAAUAAAUAGUAGCUUACUUACUUUAUUAAUCUGUGACACUACAAAUGUUGGGAUUCGAAAACAAAAUAAACUAUUCUACAUGAAUAAAACUGACAGAUUAAAGUGGAAAUACGUUGCAAAUAUGUUUGUUAUAUUGCCAAAGUAGGUACAUGUCUGUCGUAAAUAACAAACUGGUGAAAAAUAAGUUAAAUACGUAAAUAUGAGUGAUUUAAUGAUUAUUUAACAAAUGAUGCUUUUUUUUUUUUUUAGUUUGUGUCAGUCAUAAAUUUGGAUGGAUUUGGUUUUAUUUUGUGGUAUUUGGCAGUUCAUGAAAAUUACCUGCCCGUAUCCAUUUAUAAAUUUAGGCCCAUGUAAUAAAACUGACAGUUUUUUUUGUAAAAUUUUAAAAAGUUUUGGAAAUUUUAAACUUUGAACAAUUUCCGAUCCCGUCCUGUUUCUCGCAGUAAUUUUUUUCCCAUCAUUUCCGCAUGCACAAUCCUCAAUCCCGCCCAGCUCUAGUUUUGUGCAUUUUAAAUGUCUUUAAAAAAAUUACUUUCAAUUGUGUUUUGUAAGCAAUGUUUUUACAUUUAUGCUUUAGUUAGUUGUUUAGUGUGUGUGUGUGUGUAUGUGUAUAUAUAUAUAUAUAUAUAUAUAUAUAUAUAUAUAUAUAUAUAUAUAUAUAUGCAGGGGCGCAACAACAGGGGGGGCGCAAGGGUAUUUUGCCCCCCCCCCCCCCUCCCCCUGAAACCUUGAAGUGGGGGCAAACGGGGGCAAAGAAAGUGCUGUGUAAUCAAUUUUUAGAUAUUAAAACUGCUUAAAUAGCACCAUUUUCCACCUUGAAAUACAAAUUUUCCCGGAGGAGGACCCCCGGACCCCCCACUUCAAUAGGGGGGAUCGAUGAUUCUUUAUAAAAAGGUAUAUUGCCUCCCCCCCUUUGGAAAUUUAGUUGUUGCGUCCCUGUAUAUAUGAAUAUGAAUCAAACAAUUCUAAACACAUUUUUAUAAGUUCCCAAAUUUUUACAAUAAUUUUCUUAGCAUAUGUGAUGCAUAUUGUUAAAGAUAACAAAAUAGAUGAAUUGGUUGAAGAUUCUUAAAAUACAUGAAGAUGCAUGGCUGAUGGUAAUCUUACUGUUUCACAGUUUGGUCUUUUAAUUAAUGUAUAUUUAAAAUUUUACUUUUUUAUUUUAGUGAAUCCCACAGCCUACUUGUUCCUUGUAAUUUUUUUCCAUACUGUCCGGAUUCUAGUAGCAUUAUACUUUUUUUUGGUGUGUUUUACAGAAAAUAUUUCCAUUUUCAACAGGUGUUGUGUGAAGGGUGCAGGUAAUGUAGUCACUUUCCAACUUAUCAAGAUAAUGUCAGUAUGUAAUGCUAAUGAACUGUUCUAGUACACUAUUUAAUAAUCUUUCCUAUGUUUUAUUUAUAUGCAGAUAUUAUUACUGUAAAGAGAUUUAAUUACUAAUAAGCUUCAUCUAUCUUUUUGGAAGUAAAUAUCAGUAUGAAAUAAAAAAAAAAUAAUGCAAUAUCCCUUCCAUUAGUAUGUAAUACAGGAAGAAUUGUACAACUAUAGAAGAAAUGUUUGAAAAUUUUUGUAAUGCUUUCUUAGAUUAUAUUUAAAUGGGUAAGAUAUAAAUUUUUAUAUAUCUGUACCAUAUAUUGGUCGUUAAAAUUAAAUGUGAUUUUAUUUUUUAUAGAACACUGAAAUACUAUUUGACAUGAAAGCAGUUUGGUAAAAUGUUGAUAUAUUUCAGUCUUGAUAAAGUUUUUGAACUCCCGUGCAGUUUUUAGUGUUGCUUUUAUUUUUUUUAUAUUUAUAGUUUCAUUUGUUGAUUUGUACCAUUAAUGAGAGUCCAAUUGUGAUAAGAACCUAACUUUUUCAAGCCUUGAUGUACCUAACUUUUAACAUUGUCUUUUUACGUUAAAACGUUUGAUUUUCCUGAUUUUAUUUGUUGUUGCUGAACUAUAAUAUUUUGUGAUAUAUUUUAUAAUGUGAUUUCAUAACUAAAAUGUCAUUGUAUGUAGUAUCUGUGAUCAAAAAAAAAAUAAUAAUUUUUUUUUAUUAAAUGCUGUGAUAAUACAUGGUAAUUUCGCAGCAUUUAUAAAACUUAAUACUGGUUGUAUGUCAUUAUUUAAUAUUUACAGCAAUGCUGUUUAAGAAGUAAUUAUGUAUAUAGUAUUUCACUGACUUUUGGAUUGAUAAUUUUAUUUUCCAAAAAUAUGGAAUUUCUGCUAAUUUAAGUGUUGUAGGGCAUAAAAAAUGGUAACUAAUGUAAAUUACUACUUGUCAUAGAUUUUUAUAGAAACUAAGUAAUUAUUCAAAACUCGCAUGUUUCUUCAGAUAGUAUAAAUUUUAUUUUUGUAAAUUGAUAGUUGAAUGAAAUAAUUUUUAAAAUGUAAUUUAGUUAUGCAUUUAUGGUAAUGUGUGAAAAUGAUAGCAUGAAAGGUUUCAGUGUGAGAGAAAUCGUUGUAAAAGUGUAUUGUAGUGUGUUGUGAUUAGUAUCCAUAUUUCCUGUUCUGUGUAAAUUGAGAAGGGAAAGCUUUCUUGCAGAAACAUGUGUCAAGAAUGUAUUACAUACAGUGAGUGACACAGUUAUACUGUUCUUACCAUUGCAUAAGAUAUAUUAAAGAAAACAGGUUAUUAACUGUUUUAUAUUCUUUUAUCAUAGAUAUAAAGUUUUAAAAAAAGAAAAAAAGUGUCUAAUUUAUAGAGAGAAUUUAUCAAAAGUUUCUAUGAAAAUUACUAUAUAUUUUUUCACUUAAGAAAAAAAUAUAUAUAUCAGCAUAAUAAAAUAAUUGUGUUGAAGAUAACUCUUAUUCUAACAUGUCCUGUUGAAUAAGUUAUAUGUAUCAUUUGAAAACAGGCAGUAGCUACUUUUAGUUAAUAUUUAGUGAUGUUUCUCAAAUAUACUAUAAUACAUGUCUGUCAUAGAUAAAUUGAAAGUAAUUGUUUGGUAAGUUAUUGAUUUAAAAUGUGUGUAUUUACCCUUAGCUAGUGGAAGUUUUUAAUGAGAGAACUGCAGAUGAUUGUUCUAAUGAAAUCAGAUUUAUUUUUCACCUUUAGAUAUGUUGUAAGUAACAUAUAGUGCAUUUAAACUGUGCAGUGUAUAGGUGUUCUGCAAAACUGUAGCAAAUUUGUAAUAAUAUGAAGGCUGUUGCGUACUCAAUUUUUUUAGCUUUACUUCUGAAAGUUCACUUUUCGUCCUUGCAGCAGCAUAACUUCCUCAUUACAGAACUUUCAGAAGAAUAUGCAUUAUUUAGAACUUUGGUGUUGCAUGGUGACUGACUCAUCGGUUCACUAUGGGAAUUGCCGUUGAGCGUCUUCUAACUGGUGCGUUAGAGGGGGUUAUCAUUGGAGAACGCAACAUCUCUCAAUGCAAACAUUCAUGUAGUGUUAUUAAUUAAUUAAUGUAUGUAUGUACAUGAUGCCAAGUUUUUAUUCACUUGUAGCAUUGUGAUUUUUACUUCUCAGUCAUAAAAUGACCUUCAUUUACCUUUCUUUACUCAACACAUUUGCUCCUUUGCUCUUAUCUGCUUAUUCCCGUCAAGUUGUUGCCAUAUUUAUAAAAGUACUGCUGAAUAGAAGGAACCGCUAUGAGACUAUCAUCUGAAAGCUCUGAGAAUUUUAUUUUAGUAGUACUGUAUCAUCUGAAAUACGUACACUCAGUGUCAGUACAAAUUUAAAGCAAUGUCAUGACAUCUUAUACUUGGUUGAAGCAUUGUUAAUCAAGAAAGCGAGGAGAUACCAUGAUAUCCUCUUUUUUUUCCCCUUCUCCUUUUAAUUUUGAUCAAAUUCUAACUAAUUACAUUUAAAUGGUAAGUUGUCAUACAUGCAAAAAAAUUAAUAGGAUACUGCUAGCUAAAUUGGAAAACUCGUUCUUGCUGUAAAUAAUCAAUACCACGUGAGCAUGUCUUCGUAGUCGUAAUUGAUUGAAACUUUUAAUUACAGUUUUAUGAGAUGUCAUCGGCUACAGGAGACACACUUCACGCCAAUGUCGCUAGGUUAGGAUGAAAAUUAGAUUAAGCUCUCUGGAAUGAUGAUCCAUUGUACCACAAGAGGCAAGAAAAAGUUUUUUCUUACAUGUUUUAAUAAUUGUUAGCUGUCGUAAGUAGGUAUUUAAAAUAUUUUCGUAUUCUGUCUGUGUAGUGGGUAAUGGCGGUCAUAAAAUAUUCCUAUUCUGCAUAUAUCCAGCACUCAUUCUUCUAGAUACCGUCCACUUGAAUGGCAUUAAACUUAACCAGAGUUAAUUUAAGGGCCCAAGAGCAGAAGUUGGUAGUUUUUUCCUUCAUUUUUGGCCCGAAAUCUGGGAAGGGGCACCAUUUCCGAGACUGCAGUAAGUGUCACCCCCCCCCCCCCUCCCACCUCCCCCUCAGCCAUGGAUUAUUUCAGCAACCGAAGCUUUGAAUGCCUUUGAAGAUUAAGAGGUGUGGAUUCAUUUAAGGGUCUGCGACGGUGUUCCUCCCUCUCGCCUGCGGUGCUGUCAGUGGGCGGGACAGGGCUAGGGGCGGGCAGAGGGGAGACAUGCUUAUGCACUCUGAAAGUAUCACCUAAUCACAGUACAUGCACGGUACCUGUGUUUAGUUGAUGCAACAUUGCUAGAGACAUGAUUUUAUGGUUUUAUUUUUAGGCCAGUUUAAUUUUUAAAACAGGGAUUUUGGUGUUGUGGUUUUUUUUAUUUUUUAUGAAUCCUGUUUAUUCAUAAGAUAGCCUAUUAUCAAACCAGUAUGACACUUAAAGGUUUAAUGAGACUUAUCUGACUAAAACAGUUUUAUUUUGACUGAUAUUGCACUUAAAAUAUAAUAAUUUGUAAUAAGCAUGACCAAAUACUUGAAUCGGCAAUUUUGUGUUUAAACAUUUUAUCCAUGCUUUAAAUAUUACUUACUGAUCAUGGUUCCAAAAUCAAUAAAAGUAACAUUUUUCCCAUUCAGUUUAGUAAUAAAUUUUGGUACAAACUUUGUGCUAAUAAAUUCAAUUCAUUGAAAUUGCUAUAUUAAAACUUUAGGUUUUUGUGAUUUUAAUUAAGUUUUUAAUAAAAAUGCUGAUUAAUUUGAUAAUUUUAGUUAUGUUUUGGUGCUUCAUGGUGUAUUAACUGGCAUCUCAAUGUUACAUGGUGUAUAGAUAUGCUUUUCGUUAUUUCGAUUUAAUCACAAUUUCCUAUAUGAUCUUGUCCCUAGACAUUGUGCAAGUGAAACACACUGGAUUGUUCACAGAGAUGUGUGUGUGUGCAUGCCUACCACAAGACUAGAGUGUAGCUAUUGAGACAUUUAUGCUUAGCGGCAACUGUCUUUCAUUCAUUAUAUUUUAUUUUAUUAUAAAAGACAUAAGUAAGUUUAUUUUUUUCCAAAAAUUGUUUGGAACUGCUUCACAUAUUGUCAUUUACAUUAACGUGUAUGUCAUAAAUAGUCGUACUGUUAAUGUAAUCUUCUCCAUGGAUAUUUUAUACUAUAAAGCAAGUGAUGUAGUUUUCUUGCAAAAUAUUAAAUUUUUAUGUUUUAGUUUGCUUUCAGACUGUGGGUGAAAAUGUUUAGUGGCACCGUUUGGUUUCGUUUUGUAUCAUUUCUCCAUCAUUGUGCUUUUCCUAUUAUUUAGUCAUUUAUUUAUGAUUUUGCUGUCUCAUUUUUGUCUUCUACUACGCAUGUGUUAUACGAGUUUUUCAGUCAAAUACCUAGUGUCCAGACAGCUGUGCAUUCUUUCUGUCUUUAGUUCAAGAAACAAGCUUCUCAUUUUAAAUAUUCUUUAAAAAUUGAAUUGUUUAUCCUCGCUAGUAGAUGUUAGCAUCCUCACUUCAAAUCAGCUACAUAUCUAAAAUGUCUCAUUUUUCACUCUAACAUUGCAGUUUAUUGAUGACUUCCAGAUUAACAUUGCAGGACUUAAAAAGGUGACAUUUUUACCAAUAUACUUUUUGUAUCUUUGCUUCUCUUCAGAGAAAACCGUGACUUCAAACAUCUUACAUCUGGAACUCCUAAAUGCAUGGGGCAGUGUUCAAGUCUUGCAGCCUGCUGGCCAACAGACAGAGACAAUUCCAGACUGUUGAUCGAGCACGUCUGUCCACAACCGGAGUACGUACUCAUUCAUCCCGACACAGCACUUGACACAGUUGUAGGGUAGGUUAGAGUGUUGUGGCUACCGAGGAACCACACUCGCAGGGCGAGGGCACUGAGUUUGUCCCAAACCCCCUCGCAGUGCUCGCUUCUCGAGCGAAUCUGUUCCCGAAUUGUCGGCUGACCGUUAUAAUCGUGGUGGCCCUGUCCGAGUGAGGGGUUCAGUUUUGUAACUCCAGUUUUCCUUCUAAUAUCAUCUCUAGUUUCUGUUUUGUUGACAUCCUGUAUUGAUAUGUUUUAUAAAAAGGCAUGUUAUUACAGUACCUGACAAAAUGCUAGUAAAAUUAAAUCUCGCAACAGUACUCUUACUGAUUUAAUUUUAUGCAGCAGCCAAAAUAAUUUUUUCCUAAUGUAUUUUUAAUAGUCAUCCAACUGCCUUUGUGACGACUCAGGUUUCAGGUAAUCAAGUUCUGAUGAUUGAAGUUUUGCAGUACGUGGUUACCACUGAUGUUAUAAAGAUUACUUUUUAUUUGCUCAGAUUAGCGCAGUUGCACUGUUCGAUUCUUCUGUACCCACCAAUAACAAUAAUAAAAGAACGUGGGGUGGAGGUUGAGUCAGGGGGUGGGGCAGCGCUCACAAAGCUGCAGGCUUCAAGUUUGGGGGCUCGUGAGCAACUGCCCUCCAUUGAAGGGUGGUGGCGAAUGAAACUCUGCCACUUACUGACCAGGACACUUAACUACCAUUUCAACCACUUAAAUAUUUCAAAUGUGAUAUCCUUGGUGAUUGAAUCAUGAUCGGCUUGGUGGGAGGCGAGCACACAAUGCCACUUCUACUUCCUGCUUUGCAAUUUACUAGUUUUUGUAUUGUCUGCCGGGAGGUUUGUUUAUGGCUCAAACUGAUGUGCAGUGUUAGCGUGUACUCCUCUGGAAUUUCCAUAAGUUUACACUUUGCUCUCCUGGUGGAAAGUCUGCAGCACGCUCUGAUGCAAGCUUUGUGUUUGUUCAGUGGAUGUGUUUUCAGUUGCAGAUGUCUGCAAAUACUGUUUUUUUUUUUUUUUUGUUAUGUUGAGGGUCUCAAAAAUUAGGUUUAAUUUUCACGAUGUUUUGAACGAUGAGGUCCAGCAUUGUCUGAAACGAAUUUUAUUUCCUUAGCGAUAGAAGAAAGGGAAAUACAUUUAUAAUGAUUCUCUUGUAAGAUGAGUUUGUGUCGAGGCAGGCGGAACUGUUACACCUCAAAAAUUUCCAGUUUGAAAAUCUUGCUUGCAGUAGUGACAGUCUAGAACAGCUCUCAUCUUUGUGACAACGGUGGCAUGCUUAGCAAGAACAGUCAGGGCCAUUUCUAUUUCUUAUUCUGGUCUUAUCAUUCACACACAAUAAUUUAAUAAUUUAAAUUUUAUUAAAAGUACUUUUUAAGUAGUCUGUUCACAAUUUCUGUGUGUGCUCACUUCCCCCCCCCCCCCCCCCCUCACUUUGUAAAGACUCUACUUCCCUGUUAACCCCUCCAAUCCAGCUUGAUUUGUGUUGUAGUAUAUAUAGUUAUAUAUAGUUGGAAAUGCAUUUUUUUUAAUUCAAGCCAUGUGGAGCUUGAACUGUUGAACUUGCUAGAAAUAAUUGAUCUCAACAAAUUGCGCAGCUUUAUCAGCCCCAACAACUGAGUCGCUUGAAUAAUUUAGCAGCCGGUGCUCUUCAUUAGAUUGUACUGCAUAUAUCUGUAACAAUUUUGAUUUGUUUGGAAGUGAAACAUGAAAAUGACUGCACUGGCUUGCACUCCGGGCUGGACUUGCAUGAGUAUUCUGUAGCAAGUGCAGUAAGUGCAAACAAGUUGCAUUAGCUGUGCUGCUUCCCAGAAGUGCAUGUCAGUGGAAAACCUGCCAAUGAUUACGUAGUACUUCUUAUGUGACUUGUAUUGAAAAUGUUCUGUAGUCUUUUGAUGUAUGUUUCUGUAUUAAUGAUUUAUUUUCUUUUUCUUUAGGCAGCACCUGAAAAUUACUCUAAAACUUAUGAUUGGCUUGACAUAAUUUUAUUGCUAAUCUUAGCUUGAUACAGCAUGAUACAGUAAACUCCCGGUAUACCGCGCCCCGAUGGAUCGCGGAAUCGGGUAUAUCGCGGGUCAAACCAUGUCCCCCAAUCAGAAAUGAAUAGUAAUAAUAAUAACACAGUAGAACCUCGUUAAUUCGUGAUGGUCGGGACCGAGAUAAUCACGGAUUACCGAAUUUCACGGACUAACGAUUAAAAGCCCGGAAGGUCUUGUCAAGCUUCUCAGACACCGGCGUGCAGCUGGGUUACGGCCAAGGUCAUGUGACGUAUCAUCUACCGAGGCUUACUGCGCCUUGGCAGCAGAUGGAUAAAAAAUAGUAAACUCUCCAUUAUUCGUGUUAAUUGGGACCCGCCGAUGCCCGGAUAAUUAAAAUCCUGUAAAAAAAAAAGUAAUAAACCCGGAUAAUCUGUUCACGGUAAGGGCCGUCUUCGAAUUAGUCUCGGCUUAAAAUAAUACGGCACUGCCUAGCCAUUAGUUCAGGGUCAUUUACAACAGCCGAAGAGAGAAAGAUAAGAUUGUGCUGAACUUGCACACAUAAAUUUUGGGUUACCCCCCCCCCCCCUCCCCCCACCUAUCCCACUUCGUCCAGCCGAAUGCCAGCCAGACACGUCACUCGCCAGGCGCCUGCCGUGCGUUGGCGGGUGGAAACAAACAAAGGGAGACGGGAAGCAGAAGUCAGGACAUCCCCCUCAAGUUUAAAGAGUGACAAAUGUGACAGCUGAAAGGUGGACGACACAAAGGGUCGGUACAAACAGCGUUGCAGAGUUUGGCGGCCCAUGCGAAGGCUUGCAGUGUUUGCCGGCGGACGGCCCGCGUGACGUUAAUUUUAAGCGCUGACAAUUUUUACUUCUCUUUUUUUUUCUGCACUUUUAAAUCGUCCCGGAUUAUCCGAUUCCCGAAUUAGCGCGUCACGGAUUAACGAGGUUCUACUGUAAUAAUAAUGGAAUAAAUGGUUGACAGCCGAUUAGGAUAAUUUUGCGUUGUAACUCACAAACUAAGCAUCGGGCAGAAAAAAGCCUAGGCGUAGAAAAUUUCCGCAGUGAAAUUCUAAAAAAGAUAUCUCCGUACAUUAUUCCUCUAUCUUGUAGUGUUUUCAAAUUAUGGUCCAAUCCAGCCCAGUGUUAUUUUCUGAAACACUAGUUCUUAACUUUUUUUUAACCCACAAAUAAAGCAUCGGACAGGGGACCCGAUAAAGCCCACCGUCCAGCGACAUUAUCCAGCGUGACUCGGCUGGGGAUUGAUUUUGGAUAGGUUUGGUUGACGGCAAGCGCUGGGAGGGGAGAGGCGAGCCGAGAAUAUGCGACCAAGACACCCGGGUAGACGGGAGGAGUGGAAUAUAAGCGCCAGUGAUGAGAGGGGCGAGCGAUUAAGCCGAAAGGGGGGGGGAAGUCUGGUGACCUUGAGUAGUUCACUCAUUUCCGUCUGCACACUUCUCGUGGUCACGUGUGUUGACAAGCGGAGACAUAUAAAUGUUUUGUUACAACUUGAACCUACAGACGUAAUAUUAUUCGUUGUAUUAUACACGUUCAUCUUUUUACUUUGGUAUAAUGUUUUAACAUUAAAUAGUAAAGUAAAUCAGCUAGCGUAUUUUUAAUCUUUAAUCUUUGCCGAGGAAUUCCCAGUGGUCCAAUACUUACGUGAACCAUACUGUACCACUUUUGCCGUGAGGUAGUAAACAAGCCCCGGAAAUGUUUAUGUGUAGCGGCCUCCCGACCUUUAACCAGAGGCUGGGGAAUAUAACACUUGCCGAUCCGAGCCACACACACUCAGCAACUCGACACAGCGUUUGAUGGAAUAAGUAAAGACAACGUUUAACAGACUUUUUAAUACGGCGCCACUGAUUGCGCUUAAAUUAUUUUGGCGCAAUUUUUGUAACCCACAUGUGACCAUUUAUAAUUUACUGUAAGCAUGGAUAACAAAGUUUAACCACUUUACACGAUAGACGAUCCUUUAUUUUAUAUUGUACGAAUGCUAGAAUCGUUUUUCACGUAUCUGCUGCAUACUUUUGCAAAAGACACGCUAUCUGUAAGUACGUAAAUCUAGAAUUUUUAUUUUGUCAAUCAAACUCGGUACUUUGCGAUUCAUAUUCGGUUUGAAGUAUUACUUACUAUGGCCUUUCUAUUUAGAAGACUUUGACCACAGAAUCGUGUGUAACCGCACACACUGCACUUUGUUACGGACACUCAGACGAAGCAGAUACUGUGGCUGACACCCCGAGACUGGCAGCAGCUUGUGUGCCGCACGUGUGUAUGGCGGCGUGUGGCGCGCUCGUAGGCCGUGCGACAAACUGUGCGCGGCAUGCGGAAAGAAAAAAUUAACAUUUAAUAUUUAUCUUUAAAAUUUAUUAUUUUUAUUUUUUAGUUUAGUGAAAACUGCGGAUGUAAAGUCCGCACAAAGGCGGGCCGUCUAUACUGUGCGUGCUUGCCGACCUAUUAGAACACAGGCGGUGUUUUAUGCCUUUUGACCUUGGUCACAUCGAAACAUCGCGGUUAUGCAACAACGCGGGUAAAAGUUAUGUCCCCCGACAACCGCGUUAAAUAGGGAGUGUACUGUACUAUGCAAAACUUUCCUAUCUCUAAUGUUCAUGUUUUGUUAGAAAGUAAUGUUUUUUCUUCCCCUAUCAUUUAUCUGUUAAUGUGUAAUAUUUUUGUAUGUAUUAAAAUGUUAUUACAAAAUUUGAGGGUUGACUAAUAACUGAUAUAAAAAUUUUAAAUGUAUUUUGUUGAUGUUAAUUUAUUUUUGCGCAUUUAAUAUUGAAAUGUUUCCUUUUCCACUACAGUGUAAACAUGUCUUAUUUAACAGAGUUUGCCAUAGUUGUAUGAACAUGACAAAUUAUUUGUACUGGAUAACCUAAUGUUGCAGUCUGGUGUUUUAGUAGUAUGUGUGGCACUACUGUAAUAUUAUGAUCAUUAGGAUAGAUUUUUGUGAAGAAAUGAUAUUGAAUAUGUACUUCUGUGUACCUGCGGUCUAACGCUUAUUUUCCUAGAGGAGAAUACAUGAAUGAGAUGUUGACGUAAAGCAAAGUAACCUGUACUAAUGUUACAAUUUGUAAUAAAUAUAGAAUAUAAAUGAAUGUUAUAAUUACUAGUUUCACUGUAUCUAAAUGUUUUUUGUCAAAUUGGUCAUUGUAAGGCGAAUAUGGUAGAUUUUUAUUUUGGAGUUGGUUACAGCAUUCCAAUCUUUUUGUUAUAUACCUUAGUAGGUACUUUUGACAAUUUUAACUUUAAUUUUUUUUACCUUAGUUUCAGCGAUUGGUGUAUUUAAUGCACAUUGUAUUUCUCAUGAUUUAAAAGGGAUUUGACAGUUUGUAAGUUUUGUUAAAGAUUAAUUGUUUUAACUAGCUUUGUAAUUUGUAGCGAAUAGGGAUAUUUCAAACUUUUUUUACCAAGAAAAAUGCAUACUGCCAUAUUUACAUGCCUGUAACUUUUGUGAACCUGUUACCAUAGCUCUUUUGCAUGUAAAAUAGCGAAAGAAGUCUACAUGUUUGCUUUGUGCAUUUCUAUUUAGUUGUGUUGUUCAUAGCACUAUGGCUGGAACAUAUGUGGUACUGUAUAUUGACAUUGUGCAAAAAUGCUAUGGAAUGUUUUUUCCAAGAAGUAUGCCAGGUGAAAAAAUGGAGUUAUAUUCAUACCUAAAGUAAUAUUAAAAAGCCAUGUCUGUAAUUAUUUCCAUGACAUCAGCUAGUAUUAAUUUCUUAGAAAUAUCCCUAUUUUUGAAGAUUAGUGUAUGAAUUCUUUCAUUUGCAUAGCAAUAUUAUAGUUUUAACAUUUUUGGUCUUUUGUUUAGGUAUUUGAAUUAAAAUAUAAAUAAUAUAUUAUGUUUGUUAAAUUGUCACCACUUGACUAACAGUAAGUUGUUAAAUUGUCGCUCAUUCAGAGUUUGAGGAAAACAUUUUACUUCAGAAUUUUUUGUGAGUAAGCUCAUCACAAAGAAACUGUUAAGAAUGGUUAAAUGAUUGUAAAAAUUAAAAUUUUUAGUAUAAAUUUGUAGUGUUAGUACAUAUUAUUCUUCAAACUAGGCUGAAAAUUUAACUAUGAAUUUAUUUUGUACAAUAAUAAGAUAAUUGGAACUCAGACUAUAAGAUUAUCCAAGUAUUUUUCAUGUUAAUGCUCUGAGAACUAUAUAUUUUUUAAUUAGACAAUUUCUUCAUUGUUUUGAGCUACAUGAGAUCAUGCCAUUUAAACAGUUUCGUUAAGUUAAAAUAUGAUUGGUUUUCCUGUAAAUGUAGUACAAAAGUUGUUUUUAAUGUAGUUAUUUUGUACAUGUGUAGCCUUUAAACUGCUAAGAUAAUACAGGCCAUACCUCUACUCAGCAGCAGAUCCAGUAUUGUCUCUGGAAGGGGAAGGGGCAUGCCCUUAUGCACCCCCCCCCUUCCCCUCCGCAUGGAUCUGCCCCUGCCAUUAAUAAGUAGAAUACAGAUGUGAAUUUUUUCCAAGGCAUUCACAUAUUUUUUUAGAAGAACUGGAGGUAGUAGAUCAAAUUAUCAUAUUCCAGUAAUAAAUAGCUGUCACUUCACAGUUAUGGUGAUAGUUUAAGGUUAACUUUCCAUUUCCUUGAUUUGUCAUAAAAUUAGAUUUUUAUCAGAAUGUUUUGAGUUUAGGUUUUCAGUGUGACUUGUGUAAUGGUGGAUAGCAGUUAAUUUAUCUCAUCUGAUAAAAGAAAAGUUUUAUUUGAUGCUUUUAAAUAUUAAAUUUUUUGUUGAAAUUUAUAUUUACGCAGUCACUGGUUUUAUACCACCAUCAAAAAUACUGAGUUUAAAUUAUGCUUCAGUUAUUUUAACAUGUUUGUAUCGGCAGUGGAAGUUAGGUAGAUUUAUAAAAAAAAAUAAAAAUACUUUUUUCAGUUGUUUGCAUGUUGCAACUUCUGGAAAAUUUCUACCUAUUUUUUUGUACUCAAAAGUGUUUAAAUAACUGUAAAGCUUUUUUAUGGUCACAAUAACUGCCAUAAUUUAGCACAAAUUACUUUCAAAUUGAUAACAUAAAAUAUAGAGAUGGAACAUUUCUAAAGUUAUUUAUUGGGCAAAAUCGUACUAAGGGGGUAAACAUGUGGAAGGUAUUUGGAAAACUGAAAAAUCAGUAUAAUUUCCUUAAUAUGAAAAAAUUAUGCAUCCAUUUAGAGUUAUUAUGCUACCUAAGAGUAGUACCAGAAAUCUUAAUUAAAAAGGCUUCUUGGAAACACCAACCAUUAGCUAUAAAAGCCUUAAAAAUAGAUGCAGGACAAAAAAUUAAUAAAGCUUGUAGUAUGUACAAUAUAGAUUUUUUUUUUAAUUAUCGUAAAUCAUUAAAAUACUAUUUUAAACUUUUGUGUGAAACAAAUUUUGAUAAUGAACUAUGGCUCCAAGGGGUAGAUAAAUAUAGGGGUGGAGGACAUGUGCAUUAGUUUGUUAGUAAGAACAAUAUAAAAUUUAUCCAAAGUUAUUGUAAACCUUCUAAAUAUUAUCCAAAACUAUUGUCUAAAAAAAAAAAAAUUUGUUGGGAUCAAUUCUUAUUGCAAGGGGUGACCAAAUUGAGGUUUCUAAGCAAAAAAUUAAUUAAUUCAGUAGUAGUAGACAAUUGUUUUAAAUCAUCUAAAUAUAUACUAACAAAUCUUUUGUCUUGACAAUUUUUAUAGCUGGAAUACUUAGCGCAAGGGGUGAAUAAAUUGGUUUAGUACUUUGCUUAUGGAGUAAACGGUAUGUUAUUUUUAUGAGAAUUUUCACUAGUGAUACAGCACAAAACCUACCGACCUGCGCUGGGCCAAAGUCAUGCUAAUGAUGAUGUCAAUUUUCUCAGAAUAUUCUAGAAAUUCUAAGAAAAUGUGGAAUGCAUUGAAUAGAAAACAUUCAAUACAUUUUUGCUGCAUGGAAUAUGCAUAAAAUUGUUGAUCAGUUAUUUUGGAAUAUUUUGGAAAAAAUAUAGUGAGCGUUGUCCUUAAAGUUUCCAGAAUUUUGUAAAAGAAAAAUAAACUCUAAAAUCUACAUAUGCCUGUAGACUAAAUUUAAAGGGAUUUUUUUUUAAUAAAUAUAAAUAUAUCUAUUUUAUCCUUAACUGCCAAUGAACUGCGCGGGUUUUAAAAAAAUUGGGAUUUUAUUAGACACUUCAUCCACUUCAUACAGAAAAAGUCCAAUGUAAAAUGGUUGUACAGUUUAGCAAAGAAAAGAACCAGUCAAGUCAUUAAAAUAGAUCAAAACUGUCAGCACACCAAGAAGAAUAAACACCUUAAUGUAAAACAGCUUACAACAUCAGUGUGAAAGUAAAAAAAAAAUUUAGGCUCAUUUCAAUGUAAGUUGUUAGGAAAUAAAAUAGUGUAUGAUACAUAUAUUAGUGGCAUUCAAAGUUGAUAUGAUUUAGAUUAUCUUUUUUACAUUUAUUCAAUACCAAACACCCAGCAAUUAGUUUCCUUCAAACUGUGGUGAAGAGAAAUAAAUUUGUAAACAUCUAGUGGAAAAUGCUAUAACAGGGUUUCUGGUAGAUGAAAUACAGUGACCGACCAUAUAUAGAUACAGGGUUGGGAGAGAGGUUAUUUAAUAUAACAGCUUGGGAGGUUAACUUUUCUAGAGAAGUGAGAAAAAAAUUCUGGGUAGGCUGUAUUUUGAACAACAGCUACCAGGGAUUUGUUUCAUGAAUUUCCACCCUAAUGUUGUGUUUGAACUAAAUAAAAUAAUUUAACACAAUGGAUGUUGCUUUAAUUUUUUUUUACGUGAAUUCGAUGAACGUCUUGCUUGACAGUUGGGUAGCCACACCAAAAAAAAAAUAAUUGUGACAAAAAAAUAUAUACUUUGCAGCAGAUAUGAUUCAGAAACUAUAAAAAUGGUAGGCAAAUAAAAUUGCAUUAUAUCAAUCAUUAUGGAAGCCAACAAUUAAUAUACACUUCAUAUUAUUGAUAUAUAAAUAAAUAAUAAUUUAUGUUCAUCAUACACUUGGAGCCUUCUUUGAUGCUUCACAAGGUAGAUGGCUGAGGUUCGCUCAAGUGCAAAUUUCAUGUCUCCCGGGGGCUCGUUUUGCCCCACUGGCUCAUUUCGCCCCACUGGCUCAUUUCGCCCCACUGGUUCAAUUCUCUCGGUUACUGUUUGCAUCAUUCAAUACCUACGACACUUCUGUGCAUUUUUAAUUACUUCUGCUCGGGCGAUUUCGCUUGUUUUCUUUUCUCCAACAUAACCUGUUUUCGCUUAGGCAUUUAGCGAUUAAUGGCUCCAAAACAAAAGUUAGUAACUUUAUAGUUGUUCCACUCAGCUAGAACCACUCAGUGCUCACUUAUGAGCAACUUUAAGUUUAAAUCACGCAGCUCAUUACAUUGUCACUGCAAAUGUUGACCGGGUGAGUCAUACGUAAGAACCACGAGCAAAGACUGCUCUACUCUGUAGCUUUCAUAGUUUUAUGAGUGUCAAGUUGUGUCGAAUCCUCAGCUGAAGUGACACCCGACCCAACAUUAAAGACAUUUCUACCAUAUUCCAAUCGGAAGUUCACGUCAAGAACAAAGGGUCACUACACGUUGCAAGGGGCAACACAUUCAUAAAGUCGACAGAAAAGAAAGGAACGUGUGAAGCUUCUACUGUUCUCCUACAGUUGAGUUUAAAAAAAAAUAAUAACAUGAAAUAUUAUCCAAUAAAGUUUGAUGAAUUUUAUAUAUUAUAAACAGAAUUGAUUUUCACAUAAUGGAAAUAAACAAAAGAACAAACAAUGUUAAUCUUCUGGGUCCUGAAUCAUUUUAAACUACAGCCAACAGCUUCUCAGUGUACAUCCGCCAAAAGUUUUACUAUUUUCAAGUAAUAUGCGGAAAGGAAAUGCAGCCAAAUGCCAAACUGUACAGAUGUUAUGUAUUUAUUUGCUUCAAAUAUUCUAGCUUAUGUCUACCUCUAAAGUGUAUCAAAACUUUAAACUAUGUUUAAAAAUGUAAUUAUUCAUCCCAACAGCAUAUUAAGCUUUAAAAAAAAAAAAAACUUGAAGACUAUGUUAAUGGCCUUUCACCUACCCCAAAAGCCCUAAGAAAUAUGUUUUUAGAUUUUCGAAUGACAUUUCAGUAAAUAUCCAUAUUCUAUGGAAUUAGUAACCACUGUUAACAAAAUAUUUUAUCUUUCCCAUCAUGAUUCCCAUGGAAAAUAAUGAAUUCAAUGCCCAGAAUGUUUCUGAAAUUAUAAUUCCAUUCCAGCACAGUCCUGAAUUGUGCAUUUUAAGACACAUUAUGUCUAUAAUGCUCAUACCGACUGAAUGUUAACUCCUGAUAAAUAUGUUACUUUGUUAAGCCUUUAAUUUUUAUAUUGUUAUAUAAUUUUUUUAACCAUAUUCUAGAAAGAUAAUUUAUUAUCUGGUUGGUGGUUCCACUUUUACUUAAAUUUAAUAUUUAAUGCAUUUAGAAAAAUUGUUCUCCUAUAAAUGCCUUGGAAACUAAUAAUACAGUUACUGUAUUUUAUCAUGUCUUAUUAAAUGAUGGAGUAUAAUAAAAGUUCAUUUUAAAGUGUGGAUGUACUUUUAAAUUCAACCUCUUUUCUUUAUUAUUUUAUAGUACAAUUAAUUGGCAAUUUUUCUUUAAGAACAUGUUCAAGAACUGAACAAAUAUUGUCAGUUUGUCAGCUGAAUAUAACAGCAGAUCAAGCUUGUAAUGGGACCUGUGUUAAUGAAGUAAAUAGAUUGGUUAUAAAAGAGCUGUAAUGUAUGUAAUGCAAAAAUGUAUUUAAAAGAGAGGCCCAAUUUUCUAUACUACCUCCUCUCUUGAGACAUGUGCUCGUAACAUUAUGAAUGUUAUGUUUGAAUCUGAGAAAUAUAUGUAACAAAGUAUAA